CACGUUAUCAGUGAUCGAAAAUCAAAAAUAUGAUUUACAGUUACAUACAUUAAAAGCUUACAAGGAUUUUUUUUAAUGGUAGUGUUUAUGGUGCUAAACCCGCGUCUAUUAAAGUAGGAUCACAAGUUCAUAUACUGAAUUAGGAUGGAAAAGACAAGCACAAGUAGAUGAUCCCUGGUGGUGAUAAAGAAGCUGCAAACAGAUAUAAACAAGGACUUAAACACCUCUUUAAUACAUAAAAAAGUUUAAGAAACACAAAUGUGUUAGCAUAGUCCAUAAACUUGAGCCAUGAAUCCUGGGAUGGUCCACAUAAUUACUUAAAUUGAAAAGUAUUCAUAAAUUAUUAUUGUCUUAGAAAAGUUUUGAUAUAGAAUAAUUAAAAUGAAGAUAGUGGGACAUGACGGAAGGAAAUGGUUGUAUAUCAGGGAUCUACUUGUGUUUGUCUUUUCCAUCCUUAUACAUUAAAAUAAAUAAAACACUAAUUUUUUUUUAUCAUCAACUUAAACAAACUUAUACUCACUCUCUAAACAAAAUCUCACAAAAAUAUCUGGAUCAAAGAAAUUUAAAGAGAAAUUUUAAUAAAACCCCAAAAUCAAAUUUUGUUUAGUUUACAAUAUCUCAUGUAGCAAAAUGAUCACCUUUAAUACCAAUCACAUAUCUACAAUAAUCUUGCAAGUAUUAGUUUUUUUUUUAAUUAUUAUUUUUAUUUUGUUUAGAGCAUUUUUAAGUCCACUCCAUUUUUUUACUUUAAAAUAAAGUGAAAUGGAGUAUGUAGUAAAAAAUACUUCAAUUUAACUCCAUAUCUAAUUCUAUAAUGGAGUAAUCUAUUUUAUGUUUGUUCAUUGCUCCAUUAUGGAGUGAGAUUUGGAGUUGGAUUGAAACAAUUUUACUUCAUUUUCUCUUUUACUCUUUUAGAAGAAAAAAAAAUAGAAUUUUACAUUGGAAAUAUUCUUAGAGAAUCAUUAUAACUCUGUUUAAGUUGAUGACAAAAAAAAUAGUUUUUUUAUUUUAAUUUAUAAUUAACAAACAAUCUAUAUAUUAUAAAUUAUAUAAUUAUCAAAACUAUUCAAUUAAUUAGAUCACAAAAUUUGGAAACAAAUAAAAUAAAAAUAAAUCUGAGAAGCUACGAUUAACUAGUUCAAAAAUAAGAUAACAAUAGCAAAUAGAAAGGAGAGAGCAGCAGAAUGGAGAAAAGAAAUCCAAUGAUUGUAACAACCGAGAAACUUAAUUUUCUGAGAAUGAAAAAAAAAAUUCGCAGUUAUUUAAUUUAAUAAACCAACUAGAUUCUGACCCGCCCUUUCGGGAGGGCGGGUAUAUGUUUUUUUUAUAUUUUUUUUGAAAUUUAUGUUUUAUAUUUGUGUACAUUUUAAUCUCUUUUCUAAUAAAAACAUCUCACAUUUUCUGUAUUUCUAAAUUUUACCACUAUUUGAACGCAGUUAAAGAUUUGUUUUGAUGCUGUAAUUUUGAUCUAUUAUACUGUAUCAUGUACAUACGAGUAUAGGCUGUGAUAUGGGGGAUAACUAAUAACAUAAUCAUCUCUAGAUUCUAACCCGCUCUUUUGUAUAUUUUUUGUUUUACAUUUUUUUAGAAAUUUAAUUUUCAUAUUUUUUCUUUGUAAUCAUAUUUGUGUAUUUUAUUGUAAUUACAUUUGUGUAAAAUAUUUUUUUUAAAUGAUUAGUAAGAGGUUUUGAUAAUUGUAUUGAAUUUAUGAUGUUGCAUAACUAUACAAUUGCGCGAUAACCACUUCACACAUUAAUUUUGUACUUUAUUUUUAAAUAGUUAUUUUUUUUAAGAAAGAAAGUAUUGUUACAAUUUUGUUUAGUAAUCAAAUAGCAAUUAAAUAGAUAAAAUUAUAUGUUUUUCAUUAGAUUUUCACGAUUUGAUUUCAUAUAUAAUGAUAAUAACAUUUACAUUUUACUUUUAAAUAUAUUUAUCUAAUUAUAUAAUUGUAACUACUUUUGUAAGCUGAAAACAUAUAGGAAAACCUCUACUUUAACUCCACAAUAAUCGGGACCACUUCUUUCUCACAAUAAUUAAAAACUGUCGAGAACAUUAUUCUAUAGCGGACAUUUGCGUACUGGACUAACACCAAUUACAUCAUAAUUAUACGGUUCAGUUUCAUUUACCCAUUGGACCAAACGUUUAUCAACAGGACAAGAUCCUAAUUUAAUAGUAUUGAUUAAUAAUAAAUUAUGUGUACCGAGUAACCGAGUGGAGAAAUCAAAUCAAGUCUAACACCAAGCAACACUGAUUCGCAAAUUUCUAUCUAUAUCACCGAUUAACGACUGAAAGAAAAGAAAACUUUAUGUAAUUAAUUAUUUUAUUAUUAAAAUGUAUACAACAACGGUAUAAACUUUCAACACAACAACGGUAUAAACUUUCAACGGCUAUAUGAAGUAGUGAAAAAUGGAAAUUACCGAGUAAGAAAAUUGGAAAUUACACUGAUGUAAUUGUUAAAAAAGGAAAUCAACAACGGUAAUCAAAAUCUAUAAAUAUACACAGCCCUAAACCUUCUCUGGUCACGCAACUAAUAAUCACUCACAAUUCUCUUCUCUCUGUAAAACUCUCUAAGCUUUUGUUUUUGCCAUGGAUUCUCUUUCUUCUUCUACUUCGACAAGGAUGAAGAACAACAACAAGCUCUCUGUCAGAAACCAAACCCGUUUCAAGAAAUCAUUCUUGUUGUUAAGAGAGAAGACCAUUCUCAAAAAAGCGUUAGAGCUUUCCAUUCUCUGCGACAACGAUAUUUGUGUGAUACAUUACGACCGUGAAGGAAACCUCGUCAACACUUACCCUGAAGAUCAGUGCCAAGUUAAACACAUUGUCGAGAGGUAUAGGAAUUUGAGGGACGGAGAAAAAAUCAAGAAAAACACAAAUCUUUCACAGUUCUAUAACAAGAAACUCGUUGACGAGAAGAGGAGAUCUCUUACGGACGCAGAGGAACGCAAAAGGUUCACUAAGAAAGUUGGAGAGUUCAAGAGUUCCUUGGAACAUAAGUUACAGAUAGUAAAAGACAGGGUUCGUGACCUUCUUUACUCCCAGGAUCAUCAGACCGAGCCAGAUCAGAGCACUUGUCUUGAUGUUAUGUCCCAACAAAACCACAACUUCCCGACGUCUUCUUCUGGCUUCUUCCCCCAAAAUGACUUAUCUUCUUCACUAAUAGACGAGGAGGAUCCAUUGAUGAACUUUUGUCCGCAGGUAAUUAACAAUCCUGUUUCUGUUCAUCAACAACAAAUAGGAUCAUCAUUAACGAAUCUUCUCAUGAGUGGUGAUGCGUCCGGUUCCUCCAAUGAUCGGAGUAAAUUCUCAAUUUUUCUGUUUAACCAUGAAACCGCUACGUUUACUCCACUUCCCAACUCUGUUUCUUCAAGCUUUGACCAAGGGUUGACUCCGUGUAGCAACAACCUCAUUACGGCUUCACAUGGGGCACAAGGGUUCAACUUUGGGUGCAGCAACAAUCUCAACACACAAGGCUUUAACUUUGGGUGCAACAACAAUCUCUGUACAUGACUGAGCACUUUGGUGAAUGCACUUCAACCUCGUUUAUAUCCUCACAGACACCACAUUGGAACCCUUCUUGAUUAACACAUGGCUUCUGAUUAAUUCAUCCUAUUAAUCAAAAUUGUGUAUUAGUUUUUUUUGCAUUUGUGUAAAUCUCUUAAAAAUUAAGUUCUUAUUCCUAUGUAUACUAUACCUUUUAUCACUGAUUAUUCAUUCGAGUUCCACUUUUAAAGAGUUGUGUGUAUGUCUCUAAACUUUUCUUUUUUUUAUAUUCUAUGUUGUAGUUUGCGAAUUGCGAGUGAGGAAACUAGAAUCAACAUUUGUCUGUUGAUACUAUCAUUAUAGAGCAUUAUCAUAUGAUACUAUCUGUCUAUAGAGCUCAAAAACUCAAUAAUCCAAACGAUUUUUUUUAACCGUGAACUAGAUCUCGAUCCGUGCAACCACGCGGGUUAUUGGUUUUAUUUAU